CAGUCGCUGCCUGAUUGCGGUGGCUUCUUUUGCUGCUCAAACUCAUAUUAUAGCAGGGACGCGGCGGAGCCGGGGUGCUGUUAGAGACAUAACAGCUGGCAAUUUAUACAAUAUUUUUGAGCAACAGCUUUGCCAGAGAGUUUUUGUCUCUCUUUUAAGAAUAUUUCUGUAUUUGAACUAAUACGCAAGCAUGUCCUGGCAAUCCUACGUGGAAAACCUGAUGGCCGAUGGCAGCUGCCAGGACGCCGCCAUUGUUGGGUACACGGACGCUAAAUACGUCUGGUCAUCACACGCCGGUGGUACUUUCAGCGAAAUAACGCCUGCACAAAUCGACAUCCUAACAGGCAAAGAGAGAGAGAAGUUCUUCACCAGUGGUUUGACCUUAGGAAACAAGAAGUGCUCCGUCAUCAGGGACAGCCUCCAUAUAGAGGGGGACUGGACAAUGGACAUCAGGACGAAGAGUCAAGGAGGAGAGCCAACCUACAAUGUUUCUGUAGGCAAAGCUGGCAAAACAUUGGUUUUAGUCAUGGGAAAGGAGGGUAUCCAUGGAGGGCAACUCAACAAGAAAGCGUUUGUCAUGACUGACUACCUGCGGAAGGCUGGAUAUUAAAGCGUUCUCUUCCCAACCACCUUAGCAACUCAUUAUCACAACCUUGUUAUGUUUUGACACUACUUCCUGUUGUAGUUUAUAGUUGCUUCUUUUCCCCACCAAUUUUGUUCCCCUUUUGGUUUUUACUUUGUUUUUUUUGUGUUUUUCUUCAUUUUUUAUUUUUUGCCCCUUACCCAAUCCUCCAUCCCACAUGGUUCAACACUACCCCUUCAUGUUCAUACAUUAACACUGUGUACCCUCUCUCACUCUACACUACUGCUUCACCAAGAUUGAGAGGCAUGUUAACAGGACAUUGACAACAUAUGUACUUUAUAUAGGACAUUAGAAAAUGUGUAACCUAGCCAUUACUUAAUGUAUGACGACUUAGCUAAAGAAACUGCAAUACCCCUGAAAUUUAACUGACAUUUCGUUCAGUAUGCCCACACCUGGUAGUUAAGUCAAACUAAUGCCUUUUUUGAGCACUUGAGCAGUUAAAAUGGAAAGGAACAGCUCACAUGGUCUUCUGCUCUCAAGUUUCUCUGGGAGUGGAAAACUGCAUGCAUAUCUUCUGAACCUACUGAACUGCCUUCAUAACAGUUUUGCCCUUACAUCCCUGUCUUUGUUUCUUCUAGUCGUCCCUUACUCUAGUUCCUUAAUCACCCACCCUCACCAUGCCUUCCAACACUAUUUUUCCAUUUCAGGUGACACUCCAACCCUUAAGAGGCUUAUCCUCAAUGACUACAAAGCAGUGAUCAUAUCUAAUAGCCCUUUGCCCUCUGUAACACUACCUUGUAUGAUUUUUUUUUUUUUU